CUUCUAUUUUAUUUGGAUUUGCUUGUGUCUGGCUAUUCUAUUGCAUCUGUACUGUGCUGGUCUCAUAGAACACUAUCAACAACAUGGAUCCUGAUCGUAUCAGUCCUCCUUCCGCCCUGUUGCUGCUCCCUCCCUCGCCUUCGGCUUCAUCUGAACAGCUUCAGGAGGUGUAUAGACCUUCUAUUUCUGCGGCAUGCUCCAAGCUCCCUCGAAGUCUCAAAAGUGCCAAUCAUAUUGCAAUACUAGAUGUUGCAAUCUGCGUACCCGGACUACUUUCUCCGACCUGUUUGCCCCGGACGCGGAUCUUUGGGUCUCUUCAGCGCUUACUGUCAGACAUCUAUAAAGUCAUUGGCAUUGUCUGCGCGGAACAAAAGAUUGAACUAGACUUACCAGGUGGUGUCGAUGUACGAGUGGUCUUUCUGGACUUCAACCCCGCUCCUGGUCCGAUAUCCGAGGAGGCGCCUCGGAACUCACAACAUGGCCCUAUUCUCAAUUUACAUACGCUGGCAAGCUCUGGUCGGCCAUGGGACUGGAUCUUCUACCCAGAUAAUGCCAGGGGUCAAAAUUUGGCCACGACCUUCAGUAGUAUCUACUCCCAAUCCAAGAAUUCCGCAGCCGGAAAUCUACAUCCAAUUCCAGGAGGACCGGAAAAGACGCCAUCCGAAUCGCUUCUGGAAUUGGACGAUAAACCGCCAUCUGUCGCACAUUAUUCGACUAUUGUAGGGGGCACUUUCGACCACGUCCAUUUAGGACACAAGUUGUUACUCACGGCCACUGCACUGGCCUUGGAGCCCAUUCAGAGUGCAGACUCGACCAGAGAAAGAUUACUCUCCGUGGGAGUGACGGGGGAGGAGUUGUUAGUGAACAAGAAAUAUGCAGAAUUUCUUGAAAGUUGGGAAGAACGGUGCCAGAGUACCGGUUCUUUUCUGUCCGCGAUCAUCGAUUUCAGACCCCCCGAGAAGAGUGCACCCAGCAUCCAACGAGUGUCGCAACCGGGACCGAAUGGAAAGUAUAUUUUAAUCAAGCUUCAGCCAGGCUUGGUCCUCAAACUCGUGGAAAUAUCUGACAUGUUCGGACCUACGAUCACUGAAGAGAGUAUCAGCGCCCUCAUUGUCUCAAAAGAGACUCGGUCUGGCGGCUCUGCUGUCAAUGACGAGCGUACAAAGAAAGGUUGGAAGAGCCUCGAAGUGUUUGAGGUCGAUGUGCUCCAGUCGGGUGAGGUUCCAGCAUCCGAGACUGAGAGUCUCGCAUCAAAGUUAAGCAGUACGGAUAUCAGACGGCGACGGAUGAAUAUGGCUUCAAUGUAGUUUGUUCUACAACUAAUCGAUUGAUCCAGCGGUGAGCUUUAUGUUAAUGAUUUCGCUUGCACUCAGCAGCCUCGAUCUUGGUUCAUACCAAAUGAACUACAAACAUGAGUAGGCGUGACAACAAACCACUUAUUGAUCCCUGAAAUCUCACAGCAUGGCUGCGUGCAAAAAGCAAAAUGGGCCGGUGCCGCCGACGGUGCAUCGACGUGCAUCCAUUACCAACAGUCUCUUCAACGGGACAAAUUGAGAGCCCGUUCUCCUGUAGUUUGUAUCGGAAUAUUAAAUCAUUGGAAUUGGGCCGCAAAUACUGGGGCUUUUACUGUUUGUUCCUUCGAUAUCGCCUGGGCCUGCUCGACAAUGUGUUGAUCCCUUCCUUCCGGCCUUUUCACCGGCGAUGAUUGGCCAUGGAGCCAUUCUGAUCCAGUUCUGCAUAGUCAACACUCUCGCCGGCGCGUUUCAUGUUAUUCGCGGAGUUUAAAACGCAAAAUCACCGAA